GACUCUGACAGAAUGAGUGGACGCGGGAAAGGAGGCAAAGGACUCGGGAAAGGAGGCGCAAAGCGUCACCGUAAAGUUCUCCGUGAUAACAUCCAGGGCAUCACCAAGCCCGCCAUCCGCCGUCUGGCUCGCCGCGGCGGAGUGAAGCGUAUCUCCGGUCUGAUCUACGAGGAGACCCGCGGUGUGCUCAAGGUCUUCCUGGAGAACGUCAUCCGUGACGCCGUCACCUACACCGAGCACGCCAAGAGGAAGACCGUGACCGCCAUGGAUGUGGUUUACGCUCUGAAGAGACAGGGCCGCACCCUGUACGGCUUCGGAGGCUAAAUCAACGACCUGACCUGAUCUAACGACAACAACCCAACGGCUCUUUUAAGAGCCAC